AUGGAGGCAAAUGAAGAAAACAACCAACUUAGAUUAGCCAUUUCCUCUUUUGAAGAAAGUAAAAGAAAGCUCUAUGAAGCAUCAAAGAUUGGGUCCAUUCAAAGCUUGAAGACACUAAUUCGAGGCGACCCAAAUAUCAUUCAAAGAGUUCUAAUCUCUUCAUCCAACGUUGAGAGUCCAUUGCAUGUCUCAGUUUUGCAUCACCACCUUGAAUUCACUCGAUUUCUUUUGAAUCUCGUGCCUGAACUUGCGGGAGAAGUUGAUGACCUGCAAAGGACACCUCUCCACUUAGCUUCUGAAAAUGGAACGGUCGAAAUUGUUCAAGCUUUGCUGGAGAAGAACACAAGCACUUGCAUGGUUCGUGAUUUGAAUGGGUUGAUUCCUCUCCACCAUGCAGUGAUUAAUGGAAGAAUUGAUAUCAUGCAACGGUUGAUCAUUGCGAGGCCAAGAUCUCCUUGGGUUAAGCUUCACAAUGGUCAAACUAUUCUUCACUUAUGCAUAAAACACAACCAUUUGGAAGCUCUUAAGUUGUUGAUCACAAUGAUUGAAGAUCCACAGAAUUAUGGCUUUCUCAACCAGGGCGAUGAAAAUGAAAAUACGAUUUUGGAUUUGUCUAUGAUGUUAAGACGAACUGAGAUAAUACAAUAUUUAUUGUCUAUCCCGGGAAUAAAAACUGGAACAAACAUUGUAAACAACUCCGAUGCCUCAAAUGAGAAGGAAUCGCCAAGUAGAAUUGAAGAACAAUGCAAUAAAGGGUCAUCAACAUCAACAACACUCACAAAGCUCCUGAGAAGUUUGUGGACAAAGAACCUUGAAUACAAAGGUGAUUGGCUUCAAGACGUGCAAGGCACAAUGAUGUUGGUGGCAACAGUGAUUGCAACCGUGGCUUUUCAAGGUGCAAUCAACCCUCCUGGCGGUGUUUGGCAACAAGACAUUCCUUACAACUCCAAUAGCACUAUUCAUCGUUCGUUGCAGUGUAACACUACUUUAAAAACUUUCAUAGCAGGAACGGUAGAUUGCCCUUGA